AUGAGACAAACACUCGAUUCCGCACUCAACACAACAGGGCUCGCCGACGAGCAGCGCGGGCUCCUCGACCUCGUCGACAAGCUCCAGUUCGCACAGCUCGACAAUGUCAAGCUCCCCCAGAUCGUCGUCGUUGGCGACCAGUCGGCCGGCAAGAGCUCCGUGCUCGAGGCCCUCACCGGCACGCCGUUCCCCCGCGAUGCUGGCGCCUGCACCAGAUUCGCCACGGAGAUUCGUAUGAGGAGGGCCAAGGACGAGAUGCUCAGCGUGUCGAUCAUACCUGAUAAGAAUAGGCCGUAUAACGAGCAGCAGCGGCUUAAGCAGUUUGGCGGCACUGUUAACCAGAAUACGCCCUUCGAUGCUAUGAUGCGGGAUGCUGCGGAGCUCGUUGCGCCGCGGAAUAUUCCUGGGAGGUUCGCCGCCAGGGAUAUACUCGUCGUUGAUAAGAGAGGUCCGGAUAUGCCGCUCCUUACACUCGUCGACCUUCCCGGUCUUGUCCGCGUUGCCAACCGGGACCAGUCGGAGGCCGAUAUCCAGACGAUCGAGGCCCUCUCUGACAGGUACAUGAAGAGCUCGCGGACCAUUAUCCUUGCCGUCAUCGGCGGAAACAACGACUACGUCCAAGCGCCUAUUCUCAAGAAGGCCCGCCAGUUCGACCCCUCGGGAUCCCGCACGAUCGGUGUGCUCACCAAGCCCGACCUCACCGAGAAGAUUGGUCUGGAGGACAAGUUCAUCGGCCUCGUUACCAACAAAGACAAAGAGAACCACUUCAAGCUCGGCUGGUACGUCCUGCUAAAUCCGGGACCCCCCAGCCCCGGCGAAGAAUGGCCCACGCCCGACCAGCGCAAGAUGCGUGAAGACGCCUUCUUCAGCGCGGGGAAAUGGAGCACCCUCCCACCCAACAUGUGCGGCGUCGGUCCCCUGCGCGAGAAACUCAGCAUCCAACUCCAAAGACACAUCGGCCGGCACGUCAACACUCUCCGGAAACAGAUCCAAGACGCACACGCGCGCUGCGAAGCCGAGCUCAAGGCCCUAGGCGUCGGCAAGGACACGGUCGAGGAGAUGCGCUUCCAGAUGGGCGAGCUGUUCUCCGCCUGCAACAACCUCGUCACGGCCUCCGUCAACGGCAACUACAAGAACCCGCCGGGAGAAAAGUUCUUCCCCAAGGCCGCCACGCGCAAAGGGACGCCGGGUCAGAAGCUCCGCGCUCGUGUCCGCGAGGAGAGUGAGCGCUUUUCGAAACGCUUCAGGGAUUCCGGAAGGAAGGUCGGCUUCUCUGAGACCGAGCAACCUAUCCUACCCAGCGGCAUGAUGGGAAACCGCUCCAAGGCGGACUUCACUAAGCGCGAGGUCGAGCCGCUGCUGAGGCAGAUCCGGGGUACCGAGUUGCCCAUGGACUCGAACCCCCGCGCUCCAUACAUCCUGUUCCAGGAUUACUCGGAGAAUUGGCCCGUUCUUGCGCAGGAGUACAGGGAUAACGUCGGCGUCAUCUGCAACGAGUUCCUCGCUGAGGUGAUCGAGUACGUGUGGCCGAUGCGCAUGCGGGAUCCCCUGCGCGCACACUUCUUAGAACCGAAUAUGAGCGAGCUAGUGCAGUUUGCGGAUAAGGAGCUUGCGAGGCUUAUUGAUGAUAUGGAGCUUGAGGUGCAGCCUUUUGAUCCAGAGUAUGAGGAGAGGCUUCGCGCUUGGCGUGUCAAGGCUGCUGAGAAUGGCUCCACGUACACAGAGGCUGAGGAAGUUCUCGAAAAGAUGUUGAUCUACUACGAUCUCACCGCCCGCAUCUUCAUCCGCAACGUCAUCACCCAAGUCGUCGAACGCCACCUCCUCCUCGGCAUGCUCCGCCUCUUCAACCCCCUCCAAAUCCUCAAGAUGGAAAACCAGGUAGUAGAAGGCAUAGCCGCCGAGGACAAGCUGACGCGCGACCGGCGCCUCGCCCUCAAGGAGCAGAAGAAGGCCAUCGAGGAGGCCAAGAGCCUCUGCGCCAGCCUUGCCAUGCGCAGCGAGCUCCGCGGGUUCGACGGGAAUCUAGAGGAUGAGGGCCAGGAGUCCGAAGAUGAGGAGGAUACGAGGAGGUAUUCUAAUACGUCGUCGGCGGCUGUGGCUGCGGCGGCGGCGGCGUAUCAGAGGGCGAAGACGCAGGAGAGUGUGCCGUUGCAGAGGGAGCCGAGGGGGUAUGCGCUUGAUUCGAGGCAGGUGAAUGGGAACUAUUCUCAGCAGCAGCAGCAACAGCCCCAGGCGCAACAGUAUCAGCAACAACAACAGCAACAGCAGAGACCGCCGUCCCAGCAGUCACAGCAGCAGCAGCAGCCUCCCAUCCAGACAAGGGGACAGAACCUCUCCCGUGCUGAUUCCCAACGCAUGUCCUCCGAGUGGGCCCAGAACUACUACUCCACCUCCGGAGACCACAAUGCCGCUCCUCAGGCUCCCGUCUCGGCACCUCCCCCGCCUCCUAGGCCCCCCAAGGCCGACGACGACGACAGAUACCCCGAUACGCCUCGAUCUUCGUACCAGGGGCACUCGCCUUCGAGGCAUGAGUCUAAGCGCGAAAGCACCAGGCAUAGGCUUAACAUUUUAGGACGAUGA